UCUCUCUCUCUCUCUCUCGGUGAAAAUGGCGGAUAAGGGCAAAAGGAAACGCCGCCGUGCCGAAGCGGAUUCCGACGAAGAAACCCGACUCCCAUUCAAGAACAAACUAAAACCCGACUCCGCCAUCCUCGAAAUCCUGAAAGACCUCACCGCAGCCACCGCCGCCGCAUCCUCCUCCUCCUCCAAAACCCUAACCCUAGCCGACAUCGACCUAGACGCCAAAUGCCGCGAAGUCUCCGAGCUCAACCUCCUCUCCGUCCAAUCCGAAAUCGAAUCCCAAAUCCUCAAAAUCGCCCGCUCCAUCCUCGCCGGCAACGGCUUCGGCUUCGACGUCCCGUCCCGCUCCGCCACCAACCAGCUCUACGUCCCCGAGCUCGACCGCAUCGUGCUAAAAGACAAAACCACCCUCCGCCCUUACGCCAACAUCUCCACCGUCCGCAAAACCACCAUCACCACCCGCAUUAUCCAGCUCGUCCACCAGCUCUGCGCCAAGAACAUCCACGUCACCAAGCGUGACCUCUUCUACACCGACGUCAAGCUCUUCCAAGACCAAUCGCAAUCCGAUACCGUCCUCGACGACGUCUCCUGUAUUCUCGGCUGCACUCGAUCGAGCCUCAACGUGAUCGCCGCCGAGAAAGGCGUCGUCGUCGGGAGGCUGAUUUUCAGUGACAAUGGCGAUAUGAUUGAUUGCACGAAAAUGGGAAUGGGCGGGAAGGCGAUACCGCCUAAUAUUGAUCGAGUUGGGGAUAUGCAGAGUGAUGCUCUGUUUAUUCUCUUGGUUGAGAAGGAUGCUGCUUAUAUGAGAUUAGCUGAGGACCGGUUUUAUAAUCGAUUUCCGUGUAUAAUUAUCACGGCUAAGGGCCAGCCUGAUGUGGCUACCAGGUUGUUUUUGAGGAAAAUGAAGAUGGAGUUGAAGCUUCCUGUUCUUGCUCUUGUGGAUAGUGAUCCAUAUGGGUUGAAGAUUUUGUCGGUUUACGGGUGUGGUUCGAAGAAUAUGUCUUAUGAUAGUUCAAAUUUGACUACGCCGGAUAUUAAGUGGCUGGGGGUUAGGCCGAGUGAUUUGGAUAAGUAUAAGAUACCGGAGCAGUGUAGGUUGCCGAUGACAGAGCAGGAUAUUAAGACCGGGAAGGAUUUGCUGGAGGAGGAUUUCGUGAAGAAGAAUCCCGGGUGGGUUGAGGAGUUGAGUUUGAUGGUGAAGACAAAGCAGAAGGCGGAAAUUCAGGCACUGAGUACGUUUGGGUUUCAGUACUUGUCUGAGGUUUACUUGCCGCUGAAGCUGCAGCAGCAGGAUUGGCUGUGAGUUUCUUUUUGGCUUUUGGUUUGUAAUGGUAAUUCUAUGUAUCCCUUGUUUUCUUGUUUGUUUAGUUUAGUGGUGAUGAAAUUUCAAUGUAUCUUUUAUAAUGCUAGCAAUUUAAGUGCUUUGAGAUGCAUUCGCGUCUAAAUUGGGAAACUGGCCAAUUUGAAAAGAGGCAAAAGGAAAAAUGAGAAGAAGGCUGUUUCUAUUU